AUGGAUCCCGCGGCGGAGGAAGCCCGGCACCUGAGGCUCCGCUUUCAGCGAGGCUUCCUGGCCGGCAGGCGGCUCAGCGCCUUCCCCUGGGCGGAACUUGAAAAAAAAUUAAAGAGUUCAUCAGAUGCCUUGCUACUGCUGGAUAUUUUGCAGAAGACUAUUCUUCACCCCUUAUGCAUGAAAUAUCCCCCUUCCGUGAAGUACAGAAGAUGCUUCAUAUCUGAACUCAUUAAAAAGCAUGAGUCCAUAGCAACCGAACCCCUGGAUGAAUUGUAUGAUGUACUAGCAGAUAUUUUAAAUAAAGAAGAAUCUACCAACUGUUAUAAAAGCUACUUACUGCCCACAGGAGACUCUGUUACACUUUCUGAGACAGUGGCAAUAAUCUCACAGGGAACCACAGGACUAGUCACGUGGGAUGCUGCUCUUUAUCUUGCCGAAUGGGCAAUAGAGAAUUCUGCCAUUUUCAGUAACAGGACCAUCUUGGAAUUAGGAAGUGGGAUUGGCCUCACAGGAAUUGCAAUCUGUAAAACCUGUAAUCCCAAGGCAUAUGUAUUUAGUGACUACCAUCACUGUGUUCUUGAGCAACUGAGAGAAAACAUCCAUUUAAAUGGCUUUGUUCUGGAGUCUGAAACUGGGAAUCACACCAAAAUGCAAUCCCAAAACCAGAGGACAGAAGUGAUGGAUUUACAAGGACCAAAAAUAACAGCUGCAGAACUUGACUGGGAUUCUGUUACAAAGGAACAACUUUCACAGCUUCAGGUUGAUGUUGUCAUUGCAGCAGAUGUGGUGUAUGAUCCCCAGAUAACUUUAUCCCUUAUCGGUGUCCUGCAGCAACUUUCCGCUUCCAAAACCGCUGGAAAACCACCUGAGAUCUACAUUGCCUUCACCGUUCGUAAUCCAGACACCUAUCACCUCUUCCAAACUGAACUUGGUAAAGUUGGGAUUGGCUGGCAGGUUGUUCCUACUCACACAAAGAACCUUUUCCUAUAUGACCUGCAUUCAAACAUAACUCUUCUAAAAUUACUUGCGUAG